UAUAUCUUUUGCCCAGUAUUUCAGUGACGUCGAUUCGUCGUUUGCCGUACAUACGAGGCAUGCAACUUGGAAGUGCAUUCGACGUGUCCAAAUCAAAGGUUGGAUCAAAUAUCUUCCAUGCGAAUGUCAGCAAACUCUCGUCAAUACGUCGCUAUCGCGUUAGUCAAUCUCGCUACGGCCAUUUUAUAGACGGUUUCUCUGAUGCUGUUUCAUACCUCCAACUACCUUACCAUAUUUGUCUUCAAAUCAUGGCUGGAUCACUAGAUGUGGGUGGUAUAGGUCAUUUUCUCAAAUCAACUUACAACAGCGACAAAGUUGUUCGUCUUUGGACUUCUUCUUUUGUCAAAUUGUCGGUACAGACAAUAGACAACUAUGAAACACCACCACGAUCCGAUUGGCAGAAAUCAAACUUUUCCGGUCUUCACUACAUACAAGGUAUUACGAGAGGUGCCCAUUUACUAAUGGCAUUCGAAUUUUACGUCAACAAAGGCAGUACAAAGGAAGAAGUUCGUGGAGCAGUAACUGCUGGCUCUGAACUUGCUUUUGCAAAUGGCAAACUUGAGGACAUGGGACGCUAUGUAAAGAAUAUUUCGGCGUUGAAGAUAUAUUAUACAAAAUGUCUUUGGGGAAAUGAGUCUGAUGUUGUGAAGGUUUAUAGCCUGACCUCGGCAAAAGAAGUGUUGCUUAGAUAUACAAGCGAGGCUUCUCCAACGAAUGGUAUCCCAAUCUCUGUUUGGGUGAAAAAAAUUAGUAAUCUCUUUAAUGAAGCUCCAAAAUUCUCCCUCAUUCGUGACUUCUACGUUAACAUGGAGCAAGCAGCAAAAGCGUACUACGAUAUAAAGCUAACUAUAACAGCUAUAAACGAAACACUUAAGGAAGAUAAUCCAUUAGCUAUGCAAAAGAGUCUAAAAUCGUUGAGAAAAAAAGUGAUGGGGUACGACAAAGCAUUUCAAAAUUUUGUUGCAAAUUUGGAUUUUAAUCGCUUUACCGCAAAAAAAGAUCAGUUUAAGUUGUUACGAGAUUUGUACUGGACUGGUAAAUAUUGGGGCAUUCCAUAUAAGUUUUACAUUCAGUAUCGUCACUUGAUGGUAAAUGGUAAAACUAAUAUCAAAGGUUGAGCAAUAAUGCACUGUUGUGUAAAAUUUCGUUUUGUUUUGUGUGGAUAUUAAAACAUAUUGUUAGUUCAUUAAAAUAAUUUGAUUACGUA